AUGGGUAUAAAUUUACAACCUCCAAAAAAAAUAUUUGCCCAUUCAUUUCGACAAUCGCGAAAUGAUGCAGAGCCUUUCCGAGUAAUUAAUUAUUAUGGUGCUGAUGUUUUUCGAUAUGUCCAUUUAGCAUAUGUAGAUCCCUCUAACUCAAAUGAAUUUUCUGACCAAAAUAUUAAUAGUCGGUAUGCCACAGAUUUAGUGAAUCAACUUGGUCAACUAAUUGGUAAAUGUUUAUCUUCUCAGUUAUUCCCAAAUGGUCCAUGGAUUCCAAUGUUUCCAACAAACGAAAAUGGAAUACCUGAAACUGAUAGGAUUAUACAUCAGGCUUUAGAAAAUUUACCAG